CAAGUACCAUCAGCUCACGGUUCACGAACUACCCCCUCUAUUUUCGCCCAGCUCACAUCAUCAUACCGCACUUUUCGGCUCUGUUCACCGAAAUAUCCUCGAUGUCCCUCUCGAAACAUCGCCUGGUCAAGGGGACUUCCCGAGGAACCACCUCAACUGUCCAGUUGACCAUUCUUCCUGCUUCGAAGGCUUACCGGAAAUAUCAUCACAAUAUGCAGCCAAUCGUUUCCCUGUUUUCAACCCUCCCAGUCCGCUGA